UGGGCUUGUUUCUUGCUUCGCCCUGUCGGCUUGGUCUCUCUCUUCUUUUCGGAGUCUUGGAGAGUCCGUUGGGGACGCCCAGUACAACAGUCAAGCCAGGACUUGGAAUUGUACGCAGUCCGCCUGUACCGUUGUUCAUGGCAGCAUUUCUAUCCGUCUCUGCUCUCACCGCCAUGGCGAAGGAAAGGAAGCCGCAUUUCAGCAUCUCUUCUCCUUGUGAUGUCGUCGACAUCCUUCGGAAGGACAAGCAGCUUAUCAUGAACAGUUUGGAUUGGGCGAGGACCCAUGCUCUUCCUAAGCUCGUCAAGAAUAUCGAAGACGUAUUUUGGCUGAGACACCUAGAGGAUCAUUCUUCUCGUCCACUCCCCCAACCCAAUCCUCCGCCAUGGCCGCAACCCAUGUAUCCUCCAGGUCUUUCGUGUGUUGAGUUGCUGGGUGCCGAUCUCAAGGUGUUGGGAGAUUGUGCUGAUUACCUGAGAGAUUACUUGAGUCUUGCAUGUACAGUGUGGACGCUUCCGCUUCCUGACGUCUACGAUCCACUGCUAGUUGCGCAGUACUUCGGUUGCAGACCUCAUGUCAUCCUCUUCCGUCUCAUGGAGGUGUUCGCGUUGUUUGCUACGGCGAUGUUUAAAAUAAGAAUGGCGGGUUUGUUGAGACAAGGACGUAGCGGUGGUGGCUGGGCAUAUGAUCCCUCUACUUCCCUGGAAUCUCAAGCAGAAUCGGGGUCUUAUUACGGACAAGUGUUGAAGGACGCGUUGCUGAGCCUUGGUCCAACUUUCAUCAAAGUUGGACAGUCGCUUUCUACGAGGCCAGACAUAAUUGGCCCUGAAAUAUCUGAGGCAUUGUCUGAGCUACAUGAUCAAAUUCCAUCUUUUCCUAGGUGUACGGCCAUGAAAAUCAUUGAGGAGGAGUUGUGUUGUUCAGUCCAUGCCGCCUUUAGUUUUCUUUCAGAGGAACCCGUGGCUGCAGCCUCAUUUGGUCAGGUUUACCAAGGCUGCACCGUAGAUGGUUAUGAUGUUGCUGUUAAAGUUCAACGGCCAAAUUUGCAUCAUGCAGUUCUAAGGGAUAUCCAUAUUCUACGCUUGGGUCUAGGAAUAUUGCGGAGGAUAGCCAAGAGGAAGAGUGACAUUGCUCUUUAUGCUGAUGAGCUUGGAAGAGGUCUACUAGGAGAAUUAGAUUACAAUACAGAAGCUAAAAAUGCAACUGAGUUCCUGGAAGCACAUGCACAAUAUUCGUUUAUUUCUAUACCAAAAGUCUAUCGACAUUUGAGCAAGAAAAGAGUCCUCACCAUGCAAUGGAUGGUUGGUAAAAAACCAAAUGAGUUACUUUCUCUUUCUAGGUACCUGAGUAAUCAUGAGCAUCUUGAGAAGCAACAGUUGGAAGCCAAAACGCAUCUGCUUGAUAUGGUCAACAAAGGAGUAGAAGCAUCACUCAUUCAGCUUCUAGAAACUGGUCUUCUACAUGCUGAUCCACAUGCUGGAAACUUACGAUAUACUCCUUCAGGGCAAAUUGGCUUUCUUGAUUUUGGACUGCUUUGUCGCAUUGAGAAGAAACAUCAAUUUGCGCUGCUUGCAUCAAUUUUGCACAUAGCAAAUGGUGACUGGCCUGGGGUUGUGCAUGAUCUAUCAGAGAUGGAUGUGAUCAGGCCGGGAACCGAUUUAAAGCUUGUCACUAUGGAUUUGGUUUGCUCACUAGAUGAGAUCACCUUCAAUGAGGGAAUCCCAGAUGUCAAAUUCAGCAAGGUCCUUGGUAAGAUCUGGUCAGUUGCUCUAAAGCAUCACUUUCGUAUGCCUCCAUAUUACACUCUGGUCCUGCGUUCUCUGGCUUCUCUGGAAGGAUUAGCAUUAGCUGCUGAUCAAGGUUUCAAGACAUUUAAAGCAGCCUAUCCCUAUGUUGUUCGUAAACUGCUUACCGAUAAUUCAGCUCCUAUGAGAAGAAUUUUACAUUCAGUUUUGCUAAACCAAAAGAAGGAACUUCAGUGGGAGAAACUCACAUUGUUUCUGGAAGCAGGUGGAGGCGGUUACAUGAGUCAAACUAGUGUUCUGACAGCACCCCACAGUGACAGUCCUGAUGGAAAUGUUGGCAAUAUUCAUGGUAACAUGUUGAGUGUUGCAUAUUUGGUACUGAGGCUCCUGCCUUCUGAGAAUGGCGCUGCAUUGAGGAGGCUAUUAAUGACUGUUGACCCUGUGUCUCUACUUCAAGCUUUUAUCUCCUCUGGGGCUUCUUCAUUUCGACAAUGCGCUGCCCAAAUCCUUGGAAACAUUAUGUAUCAUUGGGUAUCUGAAGCUUUGGGGAAGUAUGCGUGCAUGGAAGUACCAGAUGUGCAAGAAAACCACAAAGCAUGUGGGACUCCUGUAUCAGCCCAUCAACUUUAUAAAAUUCUUUGGAGGGAUCGCCGGGUCAAAGUAAUUCUUGGCAGAAUAUUACAAAUAAUUUGGAGGAGGCCACUCCUGAUGCUCAGAUUUUCUUGGUGUUCUUUUUCGAUAUUGUCAUCAUCAUUUUCUCAAACAUUUUAUCUUCUGUUACGGGGUUUGGAGGUACAAAUCAACUUUUUUGGAACUCCAAAAAGACUGUUUGCUUUGAAUAUUUAGAACCAGCAUUUUCCUGAAUUUUAUUUCCUCAAUGAAUGUGAUUAUGGAUUAUGUAACUUGUAUAAGAACAAACAAUAUCAAAAUAUUUAGGCCUCAAUGAAUAUUUAGACCUUGCAUUUACA